GCUGGCUCGGGGCGGGCGGCGAUGAAAUUCCCGGGCUCGGUCCUCAUCUCCGUCGUCCUCUUCGUGGCCGAGACGGCGGCAGCGCUGUGCCUGAGCGGCACGUACGGCUCGGCGGGGGACCGCAUGUGGCAGUGGCUGACGCUGCUGUUCGCCCUGCUGCCCUGCGUGCUGGUGCAGCUCAGCCUGGUCUUCGUCCACCGCGACGUGAGCCGCGACAGGCCGCUGGUGCUGCUGCUGCACAUCCUCCAGCUGGGGCCCCUCGUCAGGUGUGUGGAAGUCCUUUACAUUUACUUCCGUGCCGGCAGAGUUGAAGAGCCCUAUGUCAGCAUCACCAAGAAAAGGCAGAUGCCCAAGGAUGGGUACUCGGAAGAAGUUGAGAAAGAAGUGGGCCAAGCUGAAGGCAAACUAUGUACGCACAGAUCUGCAUUCAGCAGGGCAUCUGUGAUCCAGGCAUUCCUUGGCUCUGCGCCCCAGCUCACACUCCAGCUCUACAUCUGUGUCCUGCAGCAGGAGAUAACAGCUGCUAGAAGUAUUUUUAUGGUCCUUUCUCUCCUGUCAAUUGUAUAUGGCGCCUUACGCUGCAACAUCCUGGCUAUUAAGAUUAAGUACGAUGAUUACGAUGUCAGUGUGAAACCAGCUGCCUACCUCUGCAUAUUCAUGUGGAGAAGCUUUGAAAUUGCUACACGGGUUAUAGUUUUGGUCCUUUUCAGUUCAGUCCUUCAAAUCUGGACUCUCCCUGUUGUACUAGUGAAUUUCUUUGUUUUUUUCUUUUAUCCUUGGAUUCUCUUCUGGCAAAGCAAGUCCCCAUUUCCUGAGAACAUAGAGAAGGCAUUGAGCAGGGUUGGCACUACCAUUGUCUUGUGCCUCCUCACUUUCUUGUAUGCUGGCAUUAACAUGUUCUGCUGGUCAGCAGUACAGCUGAAGCUCAAUGAUCCUGACUUAAUUAAUAAAUCCCAAAAUUGGUACCGACUGACUGUGUAUUAUAUGCUGCGAUUCAUUGAGAAUGCAUUCCUUCUGCUGAUGUGGUACAUCUAUAAAACGGAUAUCUACCUGUAUGUCUGUGCCCCGUUGUUGGUCUUGCAGCUCCUGAUAGGUUACUGCAUGGCUGUCCUCUUCAUGUUGGUGUUCUAUCAGUUCUGCCACCCAUGCAAAAAGCUCUUCUCAUCCAGCAUUUCUGAAGGUUUGCUGUCCUGUUUCAAGUUCCUCUGCUUUGUUUGCAAGCCUUCCAAAUCCACCACACUAAUGGACAAAGCAGACUUAAAAUCACAUGCUAAUACUGAUGAAGCCUGGAGCAGUAGCAAGAUGAUAGAUUCUCAAAAUGGGAAUCCUCAUCAGAGUGUUUCUUCCAAUGCCUAGUACAACAGGUAGCAGCAGGUGCCUUUGGAAGGUGCAAGAUCACCUGCUGGGAAUAUUAUGUAUAUUGGAC